AUGCGAGGGAAGCAUAUGUGUGAUCGUUCCCAGGAAUACCCUAACUGCCAGUACCUAUGCAAACUCUGUUCAGUCCACAUUGAAAAUGUCCAAGGAGCUCAUAAGCAUAUUAAAGAAAAACGUCAUAAGAAAAAUAUCUUGGAAAAGCAGGAAGAAAAUGAACUUCGUGGUCUGCCAGGACCGUCUGCAACUCAUCUGGCUGCCUUGAGUGUAGCAGUAAAUGAAACUGCAAAACAACAGGGAAUAUCAGAAGAGGAUUUCCAAGUCAGACAGGAGAUUGUAAAUCAGAUGGAGAAAAUCAUUCAGUUGAAGUUACCAGAGUGCACUUUGAGAAUAUAUGGCUCAUCCCUAACCAGAUUUGGUUUUAACACAAGUGACAUCAACAUUGACGUAUGUUUUCCAUCCACGUUGAGUCAACCAGAUGUUCUCAUACAAGUCCUUGAAACUUUGAAGAACUGCUCAUUGUAUGCUGAUGUUUUCUGUGACAGAUUGGGCAAACUUCCAAUUGUUUGCUGCAGGUGCUUGGAAAGUGGUUUGACAUGUAAAGUUAGUGCUGGAAAUGAUGUGGCUUGGCGUACAACAACUCUGCUGACAGCGCUAGGCAGACUGGAACCCACCCUGAGGCCGUUGGUGCUAGCAUUCCGUUAUUGGGCUAAGCUUUGCCACACUGACUGCCAGGCAGAAGGUGGAAUCCCAUCAUACUCCUUUGUUUUGAUGGUGAUAUUUUUCCUUCAGCAAAGAACCCCAAAAAUUCUUCCUGCUUACCUAGGCAGUUGGAUUGAAGGGUUUGACUUGAAGCGAGUGGAUGACUAUUACCUUAAAGGAAUUGAGGAUGACACGUACCUACUUUGGGAAUAUCAUCCUUCUAAUUGCAGAGAGGGGAAGAAGUCUAAUGGUAAUGAGGGUAGAUCCAGAGGUAAUCAUCGAAAAAUUGGAACUAAAGAAGCAGAAUGCUCAGAAUCUGACAACUACAAUACAUCAUCUAAAGAAAAGCAGGGCAGAUCUUCACUGAUUUUUGAAACAUCACAUGAGGUAUCCCUAGGACAGCUGUGGUUAGAGCUGCUGCGGUUUUAUACACUGGAAUUUGCAAUGGAAGAACAUGUCAUCAGCAUACGGGUAACAGACCACGUAACUAGAGAGAUCAAAGGCUGGCCUAAAAGGAGAAUAGCCGUUGAAGAUCCAUUUGCACUAAAGAGGAAUAUAGCCCGAAGCCUGAACAGCCAGAUGGUAUUUGAAUAUAUUUUAGAGCGAUUCAGGACAGCUUAUAAAUACUUUGCCUGUCCCCAAACAAAAAAUGGGAUCAAGUCCAAAUAUGAGAUGAAAAAUGAUAAAGGAAACCUAAACAGCAAGAAAAUGUUAAAAGCUAAUGUGAAUAUUGCAGACUGCUGCCCAGCUGAGGAAGAAAAGCAGGUGGACAGUUUAGCAGUAGAUAGUCAGAGCGUAACAGAUGCCAUCGACUUGGCUGAAUGUAGCCAAACAAAAUGUUCACCAACAGGCAAAAACAGUAAAUGUUUCUGUCAUAGUGCAAGUAUAACUAAAAACAAGGUAUGUGAUGCAUGUUGGUACUGUGAAGUACCAGCAGACUCUAUUAUGCCAUCAGCAUGUUUACAAGAUUAUGAAAGCUGCUUCAUUGACCAAGAGCUACAGAGUGUUAAUCAUGUUGAUAGGAAGUUGAGUGAUGCUGCAAAACAUAGCCAGUUAACUGUGAAUAAAAGUGAACACGCUGGUAAUGUUACUACGAACGUGGAGCUGUUUGCAGCAGAACUUAGCCAAGUGGAUGUGUGUAAAAGUGAUCAGAUUUCAGUCACAUGCUCAGAAGAGGAGAGGUGUGCAAGUAUACACAAAGCUUCUACCUCACGCAACCACACAGUACUUCUGCAGCCUCCUUGUGGUGAAGAAGUUGAAAUUGCCAAUGAAGAGCUAUAUUAUGUGUUUGAUAAAUUUAUUUUGACUUCUGGAAAGCCUCCAACUAUUGUAUGCAGUAUCUGUAAACGAGAUGGCCAUUCAAACACUCACUGUCCUGAAGAUUUCAAGAAGGUUGACUUGAAACCACUCCCUCCCAUGACAAAGCGAUUUAAGGAAAUACUAGAUCAUUUAUGCAAACUCUGUUAUGAUGAACUGGCACCAACCUUUUUUGAACAACAAGGCAGAGAACAAAUCGUGACAAGUUUAGAAAGAUUUAUUCGAAAGGAAUUCAGUGAAAAGGCAAGACUCUGCCUUUUUGGGUCAUCAAAAAAUGGCUUUGGAUUCCAUGACAGUGAUUUAGAUAUAUGCAUGACUUUGGAAGGACAUGAGACUGCAGAGAAAUUAAAUUGUAAAGAAAUAAUUGAAGGACUGGCAAAAAUUCUGAGGAGACAUCCAGGUUUAAGAAACAUCUUGCCUAUAACAACAGCAAAAGUGCCUAUUGUGAAGUUUGAACACAGACAGAGUGGGCUUGAAGGAGAUAUCAGUUUGUAUAAUACCUUGGCACAGCAUAAUACAAGAAUGCUGGCAAUGUAUGCAGCUAUUGAUCCCAGAGUAAAGUACUUGGGGUACACAAUGAAAGUCUUUGCUAAGCGUUGUGAUAUUGGUGAUGCUUCCAGAGGAAGCUUAUCCUCUUAUGCUUACAUCCUUAUGGUAUUGUAUUUUCUACAACAGAGAAAGCCACCUGUCAUCCCAGUUCUACAAGAGAUCUUUGAUGGAGAAGAGGUUCCGCUGAGAAUAAUAGAUGGAUGGAAUGCAUUCUUCUGCGACAGCGUUAUGGAAGUGAAGAAGCAUUUGCUUGAGUUUGGGAAGAACUCCGAGUCCAUUGGUGAACUCUGGUUAGGCUUACUUCGGUUUUACACGGAAGAGUUUAAUUUUAAGGAACAUGUGAUAAGCAUCAGACAAAAGAAACUCUUGACAACAUUUGAGAAACAGUGGACAUCAAAGUGCAUCGCCAUCGAAGAUCCUUUUGAUUUGAAUCAUAAUCUUGGUGCUGGAGUAUCAAGAAAAAUGACUAAUUUCAUUAUGAAGGCAUUCAUCAAUGGACGGAAGUUGUUUGGAACACCAUUCUACCCACUACCUGGAAGAGAAGCAGCCUACUUCUUUGAUUCAAAAGUAUUGACUGAUGGGGAAUUGGCUCCUAAUGAUCGAUGCUGUCGUAUUUGUGGCAAGAUUGGCCACUACAUGAAAGAGUGUCCAAAAAGGAGACGAUUAAAGAGGAAAGAAAAUGGAAGAGAGGAAGAGAAGGACUUAAGAGAUGAUGAAAAGGAGCACAGAGAAAAGAGAUGUUUCACCUGUGGUGAUACUGGUCAUGUUCGGCGGGGCUGUCCUGAGUUCAAACAAAAUCGCUCAAAGAACAACUCCCAGGUGACGCAGCCCUCAGAAGACUUGCAGGUCAUUGCUGAUUCACAGACCCUUCCAACUAAUAAAGAGGAGCAGAAGCAGGAGGAGUCUACACAUGCUCAGAACUCUUCAGAAUGUGUAAGAUAUACUCAUCCAUUUCUUCAAAUUUCUUGUAAUGAACCUUUGCCUGAUGAUAUUAAGGCUAAAUUGAUGGCUGCUACUUUUGACAAUAAAAAUUUGUUUGGUUCUGCUGCUGAGCUUUUUACGUUCUUGCAAGAGAAAGACAAGGCCUUGCAAGAAUUGAAAUGUAUUUUUGUUUCCCCUGUUCCCAUAUUUCUGAGGAAUUAUCCUUCCAGGCCUGCCUUUUUAGAAACUCAGCAUUCACCUUCAGCUUCUCCUCCAGGUGAUUCACAGCAGCUCAUCCUGAAUUCCUCCUCAGCACCAUCUUCCACUAAUUCUCCAGCACAGCAAGUUACAGCUCAGCCCAAGCACAUCCAGCAGCAGCAGAUGCAGCCUUCACAGUCACUCAUCCAGGUCCAUGUCCCACUGAUUAAUUUUCCUCCUCUUCCUCACAGUCACUGUCCUACUUUGCACAACCUGAGAUUAUUCCAGCCACAUUUGCACCAUAUUGCACUACCCACUAACUCUUGGCCAAUGCACAGCACUGUUAACACUUCACAAGGCAGCCCAUCACCUGCUGGUAUUACUCUCUCUUUCAGGCCUAACAGCAGCAGCAACACAAGUCCCCCACAAGGGGGCAGUCCAAGUUUGAAUGAUCCUAGCAUUAUCUUUGCUCAGCCUGCUGUUAGGCCCAUGGGGAUCCCCAGCACUUCUCAGGAAGGAAGGUGGCACAAUGAUAUAAGACCAAAUUCACUGGUGGCAAAUGGGACAAUGGGAACUUCAGAUCCACAUUUCCUUGGACCAUUUGCCAAGCUGAACCCUGCAUCCAUGAACUGGGAAGCUACUCCUCGCUUUCCUAUUUUUCAGACACCAUGGCGGCCUUACAACCUUAACCAGAGUUUUAUACAACAGGGAAGUACUGGACAUCAGCAGAGCAAGCCUGUUUUUCAAGGUCCAGUCAUGCAGGCUACUCCAUAUGGACCAAUACUUUCUCAAGGGCACCUUCACAUGAACACAAAUAUGAACUUCAUUCAACAGAAAAAAUGAAGUAAAGCUAAAAGAAAAAGGAUCAAGUUUUGGUCUUUUAAUUUUAAAGAGCCAUUUUACCCUGAAAAUAUUAUUGUCAGACUUUUUUAUUGUUUUAUUUUGUACAUAGCUGUGUAGUUUUUACUGUGCUCCUGUAAUCAUGAUAAAUUGUGACACAGGGGAAAGACUAUUUUAAUACCCCAUUUUUGAAGGGGUUUGUUGUGUUUGUUUUAAAAUGAUAAAAUGUAAAAGAAGAGAGUUUAUAAUUUAAUUUCUUUAUUCAUAAACUCUGUUCAUACUCUGAUUGUGGUACACUUUGUUAUUCCAGGACAAAUUAAACAAAAUGGAAGUUUUCUUUCCAACAGACAUGAACAUAUUUUAUCAAGGCUCUAAGAUAAACAAUUGAGGAAUAUAAAUAUAUAUGUGUAUGGUUCCUUUUUUGUGGACUGCUCCGUAGCUCUUUUGAACUUCAUAAUUUUAUUGCUGUAUUUUCACAUGUAUGAUACAUUUAAUAUAAAUCAAUGAGACACUUCUGUCACUGAUUCUAAGGACAUCAGUAGACAAGAGGUGUUUUUUUCCAGUCAAA